AGAAGUAAUACCACUUUUGAUUCUCCCUCUAAAAGAGGAAGUGGUACCACAGGGAAUUUUUAAUCCAUGGUCCCUUCUUAGGAAAGAAAGUGGAAAAAAAUAAAACCACAGGAAAUCUCUUAGGUGCCAUCACAGAUAUUAAAAGAAAGUGGUACAGUUUAAUGCUGUUGCUAACUUUGUCCCAGAUCUCAGGGUCUGGGAAACUUGCUACAAAUUGUUACUAUGCUUCCAGCAUCCCCACAAUCAUGGUCUACUCCCAGUUGGAGAAUUGAGCCAACGUUUUCAACUAGAGUGCUCAUUGGAAACUGGGCAGAAGAGAGAAGAAAGUUCACCCAAACUUCAAAACUAAGUUUCCAGAGCACCUGCCAAAAGGAUUUUGUCCAAUUCCCAGAUCACAAAGCAGAUCAUAUAACAAGAUGGUAUAAUAUGAGAAGAAUUGAGGGCCUGCCAUAUAAGAACGUGAUGACCCACCACGAGGAACCAAAACAUCGGAAUUUGAUCAGCACAUAUGAUGACCAUUUUAACCGGCAUGGCUACAACCCUGCCUUGCCACCAACCCGUAGUUGGAAUGGGCAGAAAUUGGUGUGGCUGCCAGAGAAGUCGGACUUUCCCCUUCUUGCUCCCCCCACCAACUAUGGUCUCUUUGAGGAUCUCACAAAGAAAUGGCAAGAGCCUACCAAGACUCACUCUAUGAACAGUGUUUACACCUUGUCUUAUGUAAGACACCCAGUGUCUGCUCUGUCCAGGCACGAACAUGCAAUCCCAGUUCCUCCUCCCUGCCUCCAGUGAGCCAUCUUGCCCAUCCUUUUGACAACUGCUAUCUUCCCUGGAGAAGAGGAACCUAGACCAAGGAAUCGUAACAUCUUUGAGUUCGAAAGACAGCAAAUGAGGAAAGCAAGAAAAAAUGAUGGUGGCUUCCUUCCCUUACUGGCACACUUGAGUAGCUAUAACAUACCAGGAGGAUGCGCUGCAGAAAGCUCUAUGGGACACCCACAACAUCUGGCCUGUUUCUUUGGAAGAUAGAAGCCCCUCUCUCCUUCUCCAAAGUACAAGCUACUCUUUCCUUAUUUUUCGCAAUUAAAUAUGUAUGGAACUAUUAGAGUUGAUGAUGUUAACAGAAGAUAACAGUGCUUGCUCUCAAU